AUGGUGCGGGCGUAUAAAAUGAAAGGGAAAAAGAGGAAGAACAAAGGAGAGAAGUACGACAGAGAAGAAGAAGAACACGAGCCAUUGGAGGAGACUGUAGCCCAAGAACCGCAGAAGAAAAUGAAAACAGAAUUAUCCGAGCCGGAGAGGAAAGAUGAACAACCGGAGGCGGAGGCGGAGGCGGAGGCGGAGGCGGAGGCCGCCGGUGAAUUGCCCGGAAUUCCGAUUGUUCCGGUGGAUAACAAUGUUAACAAACCGGGCGUUGUCUUUAUUCUCGAGAAGGCGUCUUUGGAGAUUGCCAAAGCUGGAAAGACUUAUCAGCUUUUGAGCUCGGACGAGCACGCUAAUUUUCUGGUGAGGAAUAAACGGAACCCUGCAGAUUAUCGGCCGGACAUUGCUUUUCAGGCUAUUCAAACAAUAUUAGACAGUCGAGUCAACAAAUGCGGGAGAUUAAAAGCUUUAUACGUGAGGACACAACAAGGCCUUCUUUUGCACAUCAAACCUCACGCUCGUAUGCCGAGGACAUAUAAGAGAUUCUCUGGUCUCAUGGUGCAAUUGUUGCAAAAGUUGCACAUUACUGCAGCCGGUAAAGGCGAAAAGCUUCUUCGGGUGAUCAAGAACCCGGUCACCCAGUAUUUACCCAUCAACUGUCGGAAAAUAGGCUUCUCUCAUAGUUCAGAGAAGUUGGUCGAUAUGUAUGACUAUGUCGGUACUGUGGACAAUGAAUUGGAUCUCGUUUUUGUGGUAUGA